CAAACCAGAUGCGGGCAGUGGGCAGCUGCAAUGAUAAGUUAGUAAUCUGUUAGUAUUCAUGACGAGAUUACAACAUUAUAAAUUACGCAUACGGAAUAGUUCUCUUUGUUAUGUUUGCGUGCGUAAUGUGUGAAAUAUUAGAAUAGAUAAUACUAGUGGCGGUUAACCAAGAUCAAUGUGAUACCAAUAAGUAGAGUUAUUUUAAAUUAAUUUAAUGUCGGCUUUACUAAUAAAUUAUGACGGAAGUGUUAGUGAAUCUACUCCUUUGUUGGAGAGUAACAAAAGGUUUUUUAAGUUGACUGCAGAAGUGCCCUACACGCUCUUUUUAUUUAGUUUUGCUCUAACUGGAAAUGUCCAAUACAGCCUACUCCUGCAGCGGACAUGCAAAGUAGACCUGAACUACACGGACAUCAAGUGUGAUCUCCUCUACUCCCAGAACAAGACUGAUGAAGCCAAAGAGUUGGAAUGUGAGGUGGAGGCGAAGACCACGAUACUGAUCAUGACUCUGUCGGUGAUCUGUGGCAUUAUUCCAGCUCUGAUCUCCGUGUUUCUGGGGUCCUGGUCCGAUCGACAUGGACGUAAGCCGUUGAUCGUAUGGCCGUUGUUUGGACAGUUCCUGACAGCGGUACUAUCGGUGGUCUACUGCGCCGUGCCGACACUCGGCCUGUGGUCGUUCCUGUAUUGCGCCAUACCCAAUGCUGUGCUCGGAGGAUGCACCACGUGGACUCUGGGGAACAAUCUGUUGAUUACCGAUAUUACUAAGGAAAAUGAACGAUCUCUUAGGUUAGCAAUACUUCAAGGCAGUGGAUACGUUGGUCUGCUCUUGGGAAACUUAGCCGCAACUUACAUGUACGAUGCAGUUGGAUAUGUUUAUACAUUCGCAAUAUCUGCGGCUUUAUAUGGCGUCUGUUACGUAUACACUUUGUUUCUUGUCGAGGAAACGUUGGCUACUCCUCAAGAGAUAACCCUAAAGGGACUAGUGGAUUUGGGCCUUUUAAAAGAAAUGAAAGAAGUGUGGUGCAAGGAACGCUCUCGAAGAAUCGCAUACAUUCUAAUCCUACUUAUAUUAACGUAUGCCAUUACCAUGGUCAAUUUCUCUGGUCUGAAUAAUAUCGACUAUUUGUUCACAAGACAAAAGUUCCAGUGGUUAUUGAAAGAAUAUUCUAUAUUCUCGACAGUUUACAUUGUUAUUAUAAUAACUGGAAUGUUUUUUGGCAUGACGAUGUUUCAAAAAUUCUGCAAUUUGUCUGAUGGGGCGUUGCUAAUAAUGGCAUAUUUGUCUUCUAUUGCGGAAAAUGUAGGGAAAAGUUUAGCGGUGAAACCUUGGCAAAUGUAUUUAGCUGCAUCGAUGUCAAUGCUUGGCUACCUCUCGCCGACAAUCAUACGAUCACAGGUGUCCAAAGUGGUCCCUAAAGAGGAGAUUGGCCGGAUGUACUCUUUGCUAUCAUGUCUGGAGUCAGUGUCUCCGGUGGUGGCUCCAGUAGUUUUCAACUUCAUCUACUUCCACACCCUGGUCUGGUUUCCUGGAGCUGUUUAUGCUACUGCCGCUGGCCUGUUCUGGGUUUGCCUGGUUUUCGCAAUAACUGCAGAAAUACUUAUAAGAAGGAAACCGUAUGUUCCAAGCGGUUAUACGAUAAUUGAAAAGUAGGUAGCAAUAUACCUAAUUGUACUUAUAAGUAUACAUAAUAAUAUAAAUAAUAUAUAAAUAUGUACGAUACAAAUUACAGUAGACCAGAAGAAAUAAACAAUGAAAAAUCAA